AGAGAAGUGAAGGUAGUCUCGCUCUCUCAGCUAUACACUUUCUUGAGAGAAAAGAAAAGACUCGACUAGAGCUUGAGCUUCACUUCCUCUAUUUGAAGCUCCUUCAAUCGAAGAAGUUAGGGCAUAUUUCAACCGAGUUUACUCAGACUCAGAAAUCGAAGGUUGCGAGGGAGAAAGAUGAGCAGCAUAGGCACAGGUUACGAUCUUUCCGUCACUACAUUCUCUCCAGAUGGCCGCGUUUUUCAGAUCGAGUACGCCGCCAAAGCUGUCGACAACAGUGGGACUGUUAUUGGGAUCAAAUGCAAAGAUGGCGUCGUUAUGGGUGUGGAGAAGCUCGUAGCGUCAAAAAUGAUGUUGCCUGGUUCCAAUAGAAGAAUACAUUCGGUUCAUCGACACUCUGGCAUGGCUGUUGCAGGCUUAGCAGCAGAUGGCAGGCAAAUUGUUGCCCGGGCCAAGUCUGAAGCUACUAACUAUGAAAGUGUGUAUGGUGAAGCAAUUCCUGUUAAGGAACUGGCUGAACGUGUUGCAAGCUAUGUGCAUCUUUGUACACUAUAUUGGUGGCUCAGACCUUUCGGGUGUGGAGUAAUCCUUGGUGGCUAUGACAGAGAUGGACCACAAUUAUACAUGGUUGAACCAUCUGGAGUUUCUUAUAGGUACUUUGGGGCUGCAAUUGGGAAGGGCAGGCAGGCUGCUAAAACAGAGAUUGAAAAGUUGAAGCUUUCUGAAAUGACUUGUCGGGAAGGGAUUAUUGAAGUUGCAAAAAUCAUAUAUGGAAUACACGACGAGGCAAAAGACAAGGACUUUGAAUUAGAAAUGAGCUGGGUCUGUGAUGAAUCAAACCGGCAACAUCAGAAGGUUCCAGAAGAUCUUUUACAAGAGGCCAAAUCAGCAGCUAAAGCAGCUUUGGAAGAAAUGGAUGCAGACUAAGUUGAAUGCAUAGGCCUAGUGCGAGUGCCCAAUAGAACACAAAUUGAAAGAAUGUAUGCAGUUGGGACAUGAUUUGGUGGGUUUUGAUAGCCCUAUCGAUGUUUGCCGGUCCAACUAUUGCCCAUUACAAAUAUUUAAAACCUCCAUUGUGUGAGGUGCAGACCUUAGGAUACGCUUUGCUUUAUGUCAAACUAUUUUUUUCUUCACUUGUUUCUGCUUACUUUUUUUCUAAUGAAAAGGGGAAGGGGCUACCAGUGUGGCCUCCCUUCUUGGGCGUAA